CCCCUGGAAGAACCGAAGCCACAGCAGAGAGGAGGUUGUUUCCAAGAGCAGACCACCAGCACCCCUAUCUCAGGAGCCCAGCACAGAAGACUGAUACCUCUCACUGGAAACUCCCACCUCCUUUCCAACACCCAGAACCAGCCUCAAAUCAGAAUAGAAACUUCUAGAAGGAACUUCCCUUCUCAGCCUUCCCAUUUGGCUUCCUGUCCUUCUGUGAGGAGAACCAGUGUGGAGCAUGCCGCAGGACGGGCUCAGCAGUGUGAAUCAGCUAGGCGGACUCUUUGUGAAUGGACGGCCCCUGCCCCUGGGCACUCGACAGCAGAUUGUGCAGCUAGCAAUCAGUGGGAUGCGACCCUGUGACAUCUCACGAAGCCUUAAGGUAUCUAAUGGCUGUGUGAGCAAAAUCCUAGGGCGUUACUACCGCACAGGUGUCUUGGAACCCAAGGGUAUUGGGGGAAGCAAGCCACGGCUGGCCACACCCCCUGUAGUGGCUCGAAUUGCCCAGCUGAAGGAUGAGUAUCCAGCACUCUUUGCCUGGGAGAUCCAACGCCAGCUUUGUGCUGAAGGACUUUGCACCCAGGACAAGGCUCCCAGUGUAUCCUCCAUUAAUCGAGUCCUUCGGGCACUACAGGAAGACCAGAGAUUACAGUGGACACAAUUCAUGUCACCAGAUGUUUUGGUUCCAGCUGUUCCCAGUCAGCAUAGUGGCUCUGAAGCUCCUCGAGGGUCCCACCCAGGAACCAACCACCGAAAUCGGACAAUCUUCUCCCCAGGCCAAGCCAAGGCACUGGAGAAAGAGUUCCAGCGUGGGCAGUAUCCAGAUUCAGUGGCCCGUGGAAAGCUGGCUGCUGCCACCUCUCUACCUGAGGACACAGUGAGGGUCUGGUUUUCCAACAGAAGAGCCAAAUGGCGCAGGCAAGAGAAGCUGAAGUGGGAAUCACAACUGCCAGGAGCUUCUCAGGAUCUGAUGGUACCAAGAGUUUCCCCAGGGAUCAUCUCUGCACAGCAGUGCCCUGGCAGUGUGCCCAAAGCAGCCUGGCCUGCACUGGAACCAUUGGGUCCUUCCUUCUAUCAGCUGUGCUGGGGGACUGCACCAGACAAGUGUCCCAGUGACACCCCACCCCAAGUCUGUCUCCAGUCCUGCUGGGAUUGUCACUCCUUCCUCCUUCCUGUGGCCUCUUCCUCAUGUGUGGACCUUGCCUGGCCCUGCCUUACUACCCCUCCUGUGCAUCACUUGUUUGGAGUGCCUGGAGAAGUGACUUCCACUCAUUACUCACACUGGCCAUAAGUGGUCCACUUGGCAGUAAUAAAAAACUUCUUUU